CCUCGGUCCUUUCCCUCCCAGAAGCCCGCGGGCGGCUAGGAACUCCGUCGGGAUCAUGGCUGCGGGAGCCGGGACAGCGGGCCCUGCUUCCGGCCCGGGCGUUGUGCGUGACCCGAUGGCGUCACAGCCAAGGAAACGGCCCAGCCGGGAGGGCGGGGAGGGCGCGCGGCGGUCGAACACGAUGGCGGGAGGAGGCGGGAGCAGCGAGAGCAGCGGGCGGGCGGCGAGCCGACGGGCAUCGCGCAGCGGCGGGCGGGCUCGACGGGGGCGGCACGAGCCCGGGUUGGGAGGCGCGGCCGAGAGGGGCACGGGGGAAGCUCGGCUGGAGGAGGCGGUCAACCGCUGGGUGCUCAAGUUCUACUUCCACGAGGCGCUGCGGGCCUUUCGGAGUAGCCGGUACCGGGACUUCAGGCAGAUCCGGGACAUCAUGCAGGCGUUGCUUGUCAGGCCCUUGGGGAAGGAGCAUACGGUGUCCCGGUUGCUGCGUGUUAUGCAGUGUCUGUCGCGCAUUGAAGAAGGAGAAAAUUUAGACUGCUCCUUUGAUAUGGAGGCUGAGCUCACACCCCUGGAAUCAGCUAUCAAUGUGCUGGAGAUGAUUAAAACAGAGUUCACACUGACGGACUCAAUGGUUGAAUCCAGCAGAAAACUGGUCAAGGAGGCAGCUGUCAUUAUUUGUAUCAAAAACAAAGAAUUUGAAAAGGCUUCAAAAAUUUUGAAGAAAUACAUGUCCAAGGAUCCCACAACUCAGAAGCUAAGAACUGAUCUCCUGAACAUUAUCCGGGAAAAGAACUUGGCCCACCCUGUUAUCCAGAACUUUUCCUAUGAGAUCUUCCAGCAGAAGAUGUUGCGCUUCCUAGAGAGCCACCUGGAUGACUCGGAGCCCUACCUCCUCACGAUGGCUAAAAGAGCUUUGAAAUCUGAAUCAGCUGCUUCAAGUACAGUGAGGGAAGAAAAGCACCCAGAGCCAGUGGAAAAACCGCUCAGAGAGCCUCCACGACAGCCUCGGAACCCUCCAACCACCAUCGGAAUCAGGACUCUGAAGGCAGCUUUCAAAGCUCUGUCUACUGCACAAGACUCAGAGGCAGCUUUUGCAAAACUGGACCAGAAAGAUCUGGUACUUCCUAAUCUAGCAUCCCCAUCAUCACCAACCCACAAAAACAAGAGACCCAGGAAAGAUGAAAAUGAAAGUGCAGCUCCUGCUGAGGGUGAGGGAGGCUCAGACCGACAGCCCAGGAACAGUCGCAUGACAAUAAGCAGAUUGGUGUUGGAGGAGGACAGCCAGAGUACUGAGCCCAGCCCAGGCCUCAACUCCUCCAGGGAGGCUAUGUCAGCAUCACCAUCCAAGCCCAGAGCUCUCAACCAACCCCACACAGGGGAGAAGAAUCCCAAAGCAUCCAAAGACAAGUGGAACAGCCCUAAUGGGCUUGAAGAAAAAGAAGUUUGGCUGGAAGAGGACCAGCUGUUUGAAGUUAGGGCACCAGGUGAAGACAAGUCAUCCAAUUUAACAAGAAAGCAGAAGUGGACCAUAGAAGAAAGCGAGUGGGUGAAGGAUGGAGUGCGCAAAUAUGGAGAAGGAAACUGGGUUGCCAUUUCUAAAAGUUACCCCUUUGUUAACCGAACAGCUGUGAUGAUUAAAGAUCGUUGGCGGACCAUGAAAAAACUUGGCAUGAACUGAGAAAGGUUUUCAUAGCCACAGGACUCAGAAGAACAUGGUUCUCAACAGUAGCCCCUAUGCUGUGAUGUCUCUUUCAGAAGCUGGACUGAGAUGAGAAUUGUGGCAACCUCCUCCUGUGCUGGGAGGUCCCAGGACACUCCUGUCACUGUUGAUGGAGAUCAUGGAGCUAAGAAGCAAAGCUAAGAAGCAACCCAUGGCUGCGGCAGAGGCGACAGGCAGGCACACAGCUUGUACAGUGCCAGAAUAUCAUUAGUGUUUCCCUUUAGUGGUUUGCUUCAAUUUGAAUCCCUAGUAAUCUGUAAAAUCUUAUAAGAAAUGAUGGAAUCCAUUAGGAGUACAUACAACCUCAUGACCUGUUAAAACCAGAAAUGUGAGCAUUAUCGGGGAUGAAUUUAAUCCUUGUUGAGUUUCAGCCUCUGACUCAAGUACAAAGGAACUCCGUGUGUUGAGCCCAGAUGAGAGAUCUCUAGAAUCAGAUUCCUUUUUAAAAAACUGUUUGAUCACUUGCGUCCACCCCUGGACCUGCCUGCCUCGGCACCCACAUUGAUGAAUGCUGGGCUAAAUGGCAGGUUCAUCUGCCACACUUCUCAGGGGGUUGGACAAGUGGUGUUUGGUUAAAUGGUGAUUGUAGAUAAGCUUAGGCCCCCUCCCCUCCUCCACCCUCCCCAUUCUCAGAGCCUUCCUUAUGCUGGACUUUUAAAGCUUAAAAAUCAUUUGUUGAGUAUAAUGCCUAACUCGUCCCCCUCUGUGAUAACAGUUGCUCCCACACCUCCCUGGUCUUGCUUUGUUCGUGUCUUGCCCCAGACUGACAUACCCUUCUCCUUUUGUACUGUGUUGUGCUUGCUGUCUCUCAGACACCCUUACAGACUGUCUUUUUAGCAAAAACAAAAACAAAAGAAAAAAAUUGAGUAAAGUGUUUUCUGUAAUCUUUUUUUAAGUAUGAGAAUGAAUUGUUCCUACUUGUAGCAUUCUUCAUUAAAGUCUUGCUUCUCUCAA